AGCGACAAGGUCGCCGUAAAGGUUUUUGGGACAGGCCAAGACCCCUGUCAGUUCAAAAAGGAACUUCACGGCAACAAUCAAGCUUUGGGAGGCCAGAUAGACACUAGUAACGCUGCGAAACCAGUCUCCGGUCCCAACGGCGCCACACUACACCGGACGGGAUCAUCCAUUGAGAGCCAUUUGUGCACAGCCGCCUGA